CUAAAGAGGGUUCAAUCCCCGUUCUCGACUGGAUCACCAGACGCUUGAUAGCAUUCUACACACAAUCGCGUCUUUCGCUCGCUUCAGCCAGCUUCGGUCAAGAUGAAGAGGGUCCAGGCUCCGGUAGCCGAAGGUGCCCCCGGAUGGACCAACACCCCCGUCUCUCUUGGCCGCCGUGGCAAGGUGCCUCCGUUGGAGAUGGACUCGAUCGUGAUGAAUUCGCCUUAUGACGAGAAACCUAAGCCGAAGGGGUCCCGUGCGCUUGGAUUGGAAGAAGCACCCACCUACAGACCGACGAAGGAGGAGUUCCAGGAGCCGUUGAAGUACAUUCAGUCAAUCGCCGAAGAAGGAAAGAAGUAUGGAAUUUGCAAGAUUAUCCCGCCGGAGGGAUGGAGGCCGACCUUCGCCGUUGAUACCGAACGAUUCUUCUUCAAGUCGCGGAAGCAAGAGCUGAACUCUAUGGAGGCAAAGAGUCGGACCACGACAAACUAUCUCGACCAACUCUACAAAUUUCACAAGCAACACGGCACGCAACUUAAAUCCCUCCCUCUCAUCGACAAACGCCCUCUCGACCUCUACCAGUUGAAGAAGGAAGUUGAAACGCGCGGUGGAUACAACUACGUGUGCGACAAGAAGAAGUGGGCAGAGGUUGGAAGAGCGUUGGGAUACACGGGCAAGAUCAUGACGAGCUUGAGUACUAGCUUGAAGGCGAGUUACCAGAAGUACAUCCUGCCUUACGAGGUGUAUUUGGUUCGUGCCAAGCCUAGCGUCAUGCGUCAGAGGGAGGCGGAGAAUGGAAUGAGGAGUCCGGCCGGGGGCAUGAAGACACCUCAGGCUUCGCCACCCGGAACUGGAAAGACUGGGUUGAAUGCUACUCCAAUGAAGACUGAGGACGUCACAAUGACUGAUGCGGACACUUUUUCGAGGAAGCGUCCUGCUGAGGAAGUCCCAAGUGUUGCCGAAGUCGAGGCCCGCAUCAAGGCAGGUAACCCCGAGAUCUUGAAGGAAGUCGCCGCCCAGGAGAAAGCACUCGAAGAACGACACGCUAAACGUGCCAAGAUCGAUGUGGUGCCAGCUGUCACAGGUGGCAGUGUCGCGCCUCAUGCGCCCGUCACGCCGAGUAAGCUCCCGAACGAGGCAAAUAUGGCUAAGCCUGGAGAAAACUGCGAGGCCUGUGGACGUGGUGAUCACGCUCCUUCCAUCUUGCUUUGCGAUGGAUGCGAUUCAGGAUACCAUAUGGGCUGCCUUGACCCGCCAUUGAAAAGCAUCCCAAAGAACGAGUGGUAUUGUCCGAAAUGUCUCGUCGGCACUGGUGAAUUUGGUUUUGAGGAUGGAGGGGAGUACUCCUUGGCUGAAUUCCAGACAAAGGCGGAUGACUACAAGAUCAAGCAUUUCGCUAAGCGGUUGCCGUUGGACCCGGUUACUGGGCAGAGAAUCGAAAUCACGGAGAAUAUGGUGGAGAGGGAGUUCUGGCGCUUGAUCGAGAACCCGGAGGUCAGUGUUGAGGUGGAGUACGGUGCCGACGUGCACGUUACUGCACACGGUUCUGCGUUCCCUACGGUUGAGCGUCAACCGACUGAUCCAUACUCCACCGACCCGUGGAACUUGAACGUGAUGCCACUUGCGAAUGACUCGUUGUUCAGACACAUCAAGUCUGAUGUCAGUGGCAUGACCGUUCCAUGGAUUUACGUCGGUAUGUGCUUUUCCACGUUCUGCUGGCAUAGUGAGGAUCAUUGGACGUACAGUAUCAAUUACCAGCACUUUGGUGAGACGAAGACUUGGUAUGGUAUUCCCGGUGAAGACGCAGACAAGUUUGAGGCGGCGAUGAAGAAGUCCGUCCCGGAUUUGUUUGAACAACAACCGGAUUUGUUGUUCCAGCUCGUCACCAUGAUGAGCCCGGAAAAGUUGAGGAAGGAGGGUGUGCGGGUGUAUGCUAUUGAUCAGCGCGCCAACCAAUUCGUCGUAACUUUCCCGAACGCGUACCACGCCGGCUUCAACCAUGGAUUCAACUUCAACGAAGCUGUUAACUUUGCGCCAUCGGAUUGGGAGCCUUGGGGUCGUGCUUGUGCGAAGAGAUACCAGGAAUACCGACGUAUGCCCGUUUUCUCUCAUGAUGAGAUGUUAAUGACAGCGGCUGCGAUGGAUACCAGUGUUGAGACUGCGCAGUGGCUCUCAAAGGCCUUGGAAGCUAUGGUCAAGGAUGAGACGGCCAGACGGGACUUAUUGAGGGUUCAAGUUCCGGGCUUGAAAGAGAAGGUUGAUGAAAUUGAGCUGGCGGAUGAUGCUAAUUAUCAGUGUGGGGUUUGUAAGGUGUACACCUUCUUGGCGCAAGUUACGUGCGGGCAGGGAUGUACGUCCAAGGUGGUGUGCACGAGUCAUGUGUCGGAGCUUUGUGAUUGUGAAGUCAACACGAGAGUAUACAGGUUGAGGUACUCGGACAAGUACUUGGAAGACCUGGUUUACGCUGUUGACUACCGAGCGAACGCCUCGAGAAUUUGGGAUGGGAAGCUGAAGACCCUCUUGAGCAACACUGCGAAGCCUUCGCUGAAGGAGUUGAAAGCGCUCUUGAGUGAAGGGCAAAAGAUUCCUGGUGAUCUAUCCGGCUUGCCGAUCUUGAAGGGCUUUGUGGAUCGUGCAACCGAGUGGGUUGCUGAGGCCAGCGAGUUUCUGGCUCGCAAGCCGCAGAAUAGGAGGAAGAGUGAGAAGGUAAGGAAGCUUACUAAGGCACAGGAGAGGAAGGAAGAGGAGCAGAGGAAGCCAGAGUACGUUCAGAGGUUGUUGAGUCAAGCUGAGUCCUUGCCUUUUGAUUGUCCUGAAAUUGGCCUGUUGAGGGAGAAGAUCGUUGCAAUCAAUGCGUACCGCGUGCAUGCUAUUAAGGCGAUUGGUCAGGCUGGUAUUACCAAGGUAGAACUCGAGGAGGUGAUUGAGGCGGGAAGAUCCGUGAAUGUUGACUUGGCCGAGACGGAAUUGUUAGAGAGAUAUGUGGCUCAGCUCAACUGGCUCGACAAGGCUGCUGAGGCGUCUAAAGAGCGAUUGACGGCUAAGCAACUCGGCGAGUUGCUGUCGGAGAGCGAAACGCUCGAGAUGCCGGAGAACAACGAGCACGUCGUGCACUUGAGGACCAAGAAGGAUGCUGGUGAGCGCUGGGAUGAGGCAGUUAAGCAGCUUCUAGCGAUGGACAACAUCCCCAUGGCACAACUGAUGGCAUUGAGUGAGCAGGCAGGACAGUUGCCGGUUGACCAGGAGAUCUUCCAGAAGGUUGAGGGUAUAAUCGCUAGGACGAGGGAUACCCACCGCAUCAUCCUGGACUUGCUUGAACGGUCACGAAACCCUGAUCCUAACCAGCGGCCAAAUUCGGCUGAGGUGGACGUUGUCAAGAAGGAUCUCGAGGACCUCAAUGUCAAGACCCCGGAGGCUACGCUGCUUGAGAAGGAGGCCCACCGAGUCGAUGACUGGAUCCGUAAGGGUAAGCGUCUUUUUGGAAAAGCCAACGCGCCUUUGGAAAUUUUGGGUACUCAUCUGUCCUUUGUCGAGAAGGUCAAUGACAAUUGCUUUUCCCUCGACGACAAGCCUAGGUCGCCUGUCGAGCCCUCCUCACGGGAAGCUUCGCCUGAGGCUGAGACCAUCAAUGAAACCGGCCCCGAGCGUGCAAAGGAGGGUAAGGACGUUUUCUGCUUGUGCCGAACCCCCGAAUCCGGGCUCAUGAUUGAGUGCGGUGUCUGCCAUGAAUGGUACCACGGCCGUUGUCUAAAGAUGAACCGAAAGAAGCUGAAGGAUGAGGAUACAUACACGUGUCCUGUCUGUGACUAUCGAGUGACGAUCCCGCGUCAAUCUGACAGACCUCGUCUCGAUGACUUGCAUCAGCUUGCUGCGGACGCUCUCUACCUUCCUUUCAUGCCUAAGGAGUUAUCCACUCUCCGUCGUAUCGUGGACACUGCGCAGAAGUUCCGCAACGUGGUCACUACCUUCUUGCACACUACUCUCUGUUUGACUGCGGCAGAACUGCCAAUCAUCAAGUUCUACCUGCGCAAAAUUGAGGGAGCUGAGGUGCUGCUCGACAACGAGACCAACUACUUCCGUGCCAAGGUCCACGAGUGGAUGCCGAUCGCCGAUGAGGCUCCGGAAGCCAUCGGUGAGUCCAAAUCUACUCGCAAGCCGCGUUUGUCCAAGAAGGCCAAGAUGAUGAUGGAGGCUCAAGCAAAUGGCACAAUGCCAGUGGAAAUGACUCCGACGGCUACUCCUCAAGCUAAGCCCCCGCCGGCUAAGGCGGAGACGCCGAUGAACCCGCCAUAUUUGCAGCAGCAUUCUGUGUCUCAUUCACCUUCACCGUAUGCCUCGACCCCUAUGCACACCAUUCAAAUCUGCAAUAAAUGUGCUCACGGGUGGGCGCCGCAUGAGCAGACCCAGAUGCUUGUUUGUCAGGUAUGCAAUGGUCCCUUCCACCCUCACUGUGCGAACGCACCUUCGAGCAUGGUUGGAAAGCCGUACAUCUGUGAAGGGUGCUGCGGUAAGCUUGGUCAGCCGUACGCGUAUGCGACGACUCCUCCGGCCGCUACCCCACCUUACGGCCAAGAGCAUGGUAGCUACCAGUAUGGUGGUGCUGACGCCCAGGCCAAUGGUCACACCUCGAACAUCCUUGCUGCCAUCGCCAGCCAGGGUAUGCCAAACGAGUUCUUGAAUGCCUUCAAAGACGGAGCCCAGCAGGCACCGGAGAGUGCUCGUGAGCAACUUGAUGAGUUGACAGGUUAUUCGCACGGAGCUGGCCCCGAUGCCGCGCAUGGUCUGAGCACGGAGGACAUCGCGAAUGAGUUUUUGAGUGUGUAGAGUACAAUCGUUUUUGUUUUGUGUUACUGUUUUGGAUCGGUAAAAGGUGUUUAGUGGGCUUUCAUCAGUAUAAUGUACGCUUCAAAGGGGAGGUCUGGAUAGGAGC